AUGAAUGCUGGAGUAAAAAUUAAGAGAAAAACGACAAUAUUCAGUUCUGCUCAAGCUGGUAAAUUAACCAACGGACUUCAUAGAAUUCAAUACAAGAUGAGUUUCCAUUCUUCCCAAACACAGAACGACCAUCAUGUGAUGACUUCUGCACGAAAUGGUCGUCCACUGAUUCCUGUAACAGAUCAAUCGUCUACAAAUGGCAUCUGUUCUCAAUGUCAUCAAAGUUUGAACACGAGUCGAAGUCGUACUGAAGAUCGUUUCCAAACUACAUUACAGAAACACUUUCCAAACGCUUAUGGAUUGGAAGAAUUUGUCUUUGAAACGAAGCAAACUCUAGUACCCAAAGGUUUUUAUCCUCAUGUUAAUACAUUGGUUUGUGUUGGAUUAUGUCGCGAUGAAAUUACUAGUCCAUUCGAAGAAGAAGUUGAGUCAAUGUGGGGACAAGGAUUCAUCUGCGGUUCGUUGGGUGGUAUGCUGUUCUGCGGGAAAACGGGCUUUGCAGCUGCACAUCAUCAUGCACCCGAAGAUGGUCGUUUUAUUUACUAUUGUUUUACACAUAUUGCUAUCGAUCACGAAGGAAAUAUUGGUUCGGUUUACAGAACACGUAGCGGUAUGCAUGAGAAGACCACAGCAUGCGGUGCUCUUGCCGCGUUUGCGAGUGAAAUUGCUUCAAAUAAGUUGAAUUUGCAUUUCGAUGAAGCUGAUAUCGAAAUGAGCAUGUUAAAAAAACAUAUUGCUAAGCAAACGGACCUACUGGCUGAUCCGAAGAAGGUGCCAGAUUUGCUGGCAGUGACUAUGGCUGCUUAUCAAACCAUUACUUCAGAUUUAGAAAAACAUGUUCGAGACGACGCCGCGCAUUUUAAAAAUCGUCAAUACGCUUUAUUUACGGGUGUUCAAAUACAUGGCCCAAAUGGAACCGAUUAUUGUUGGUUAGGAAGAGCAAGUUUAAUGAAAAAUGGUGUAUUUACACCACUCAGUCUUACAUCUAAUGCAAAACCUCAAUCAUCAGCUGCGUCGAGGACAAAGCAACACUAA